AUCUCUGUGUCCCGAGGAAUAUUAUCGCGAACAGAUAGAUUCGGUGGAAAUGGAUAUACGAUUCUCACGAUUCAAAAUGUAACCGAGCAAAUUAAGCCACAAGGAGGUUUUUGGUUGCAUGUUCAGCACGAUGCAUUCUACGAGCAACACAAUUUAAGCAUGAGCAGUUUUCUAGUAUCAGUUUCAAGAACUGUUUCCAUUGACUUCAUCUCUUCUCCUGAAGUGAAUUUCUUUAAGAAAAUUACUGGCCGUUUCAAGCGUAAUGGGCCGAGUUUUGUGUUUCAGUUUCUUGGGAAAGAAGAUUUCGAGCCGACAACAAACCGAACCUACGGUUCUAUCUUGAGUAACUUAGGUUUUGUCAAGACGUUUGCUUCAAAGAUUCUUGUUCCCAAGUCGUACAUAUUUCCACUCGAUGACAAGCAGUACUUGCUUCCUCCUACAUCAUUAGUUCAAGAUGCUCACAAAGCAGGAUUAGAAGUAUAUGUGUCAGGUUUCGCAAAUGAUAAUGAUCUCGCUUAUAACUAUAGUUACGAUCCAGUGUCGGAGUAUCUAUCUUUUGUGGACAAUGGUGAUUUCUCUGUGGAUGGUGUGAUCUCUGAUUUUCCCAUGACUGCAUCUGCAUCAAUUGACUGCUUCUCCCACAUUGGCAGAAACGCUACAAAACAAGUGGAUUUUCUUGUUAUAUCAAAAAAUGGUGCGAGUGGGGACUUUCCUGGAUGUACAAACUUGGCAUAUGAGAAAGCAAUCAAAGAUGGUUCUGAUGUUAUUGAUUGCUCGGUCCAAAUGUCCAGCGAUGGUACACCCUUUUGCUUAAGUUCAAUAAAUCUCGAGGACAGCACAAUGGUCACGCUAUCUCCCUUUAUGAACCGUGCCACAAUUAUUCCUGAGUUUAGUUCAGUUGAUGGAAUAUGCACUUUUAGUCUCACUUGGCCUGAGAUCAAGAAUUUGACUCCUUUCUUUCUCCCAUCUUUUUGUGCUGCUUCUAUUUCAAACCGUUACCAGAGUCCUUACAAUAUGUUUAGGAAUCCGAAUGAGAGAAAUUCAGGGAAGCUUAUUUCGCUUUCUGAGUUCCUAGAAUUAGCAAAAAACUCCACUUCUCUCUCCGGUGUUUUGAUCAGAGUAGAGAAUACAGCAUACUUGAGAGUCAAGCAAGGGCUCGACGUGGUUAAAGCGGUUCUCGAUACACUCAUAGAAGCUGGUUACAAUAAUGGAAAAACAGCAUCAAAGGUUAUCAUUCAGUCUACGGACAGCUCGGUUCUACUUGAUUUCAAGAAGCAGAGCAAGUACAAGACUGUUUACAAAAUUCAAGAAUUCAUCCGUGAUAUAAGCGAUUAUGGUAUCGAAGAAAUAAAAGAAUUCGCUAAUGCUGUUGUCAUCAACAAAGAUUCUGUCUUUCAUUACUCUGGUUCGUUUCCCAAUGGGCAAACCAAUGUUGUGGAGAGACUACAGAAAUCUCAGCUCCCGGUUUAUGUGGAACUGUUUCAGAAUGAGUUUGUCUCUCAACCAUAUGACUUCUUCAGUGAUGCAACUAUUGAGAUAAACACAUAUAUCUCUUUAGCCGGUAUCAAUGGAAUCAUCACCGAGUUCCCUUUCACAGCUGCAAGAUACAAAAGGAAUCGAUGUAUGGGCAGAAAAGAAACGCCACCUUACAUGGAACCUGUUAAACCCGGAGCCCUCUUAGCCUAUAUGAGUCCUCAGUCCUUACCUCCAGCCGAAGCUCCAAACCUAAUUAUCACAGAUGCUGAUGUCAUUGAGCCACCACUGCCUCCGGUUACAGAAAAAGUCCCAACCUUACUUCCAGGAGCUUCAACCUUGGCUCCAGGAGCCCCAUCAACCAAUGCACAAGCACCUAGCGGACAAAUACGACUCGCUAUAUCUCUUGUCCUCUUUGUCUUUUUCCCUUUCUCUUCUACUUAUUUGAUCUCAUCUCCUCUCUGUUCAUAAUUCUUCAGCCCUCGUAAAUAUAUUCCUGUGUGACUCAGUCAAAUCUUAACAGUCACAGCCAU